UGUGCGUCGGUGGUUCAGUUGCCGGGUUCUGGGAACGAGCCGAAUGGAGUCGAGCCGCGUUAACGGUGAAUCGGAGCCCAACCUGGCGUUACGGUAUCAGAGCUAUCGGCGUCGGUGGUUGGUGCUGGUCGCUAGCAGCGCUUUGAGCUGCUCUAAUGCCAUGUGUUGGUUGACAUUUGCUCCAAUCGCGGAUCAGACAGCUCGAUAUUUCCAUAUUUCCAUGGAUAAAGUCAAUUGGCUAUCGAUGAUCUAUCUCGUUGUUGGUGUUCCCUUUGGUUUUUGUACGACAUGGAUACUGGACAUGCUCGGACUUAAAACAUCACUGAUCCUGAGCUCAUGGCUGAACUUGGCUGGCUGUGCCAUGCAACUCUUGAGUGUUGCUUACUUCAUACCUCAAGAAAGCUGGAAAUUUCCUCUCCUGAUGGUGGGCCAGACUCUUGGCGCAUUGGCACAGCCUUUGGUUCUCUUUUCUCCAACAAAAUUGGCUGCUAUUUGGUUUCCUGAACAACAGAGAGCAACAGCAAACAUGAUUUCAUCGAUGGCCAAUCCGUUGGGUAUUUUGUUCGCCAAUAUACUUUCUCCAAUGUUAGUGAAGAAGCCAUCUUCAAUGCCAGUAUUGAUGAUAGUGUACGCAGUCCCCGCAGCAAUUGCAUGUUUUCUGACAAUGGUAGGAAUUCGGAAUAGGGUGCCUCCAACGCCUCCAUCUGCAGGUGCAGCCAAUUCUACCUCAGAGCCUUUUUUUAGAGGAGUGAAGAUGUUGUUGAAGAACAAGGCGUACGUGAUCCUGAUGAUCUGUUUUGGGGGAGGAGUUGGUGUUUUUACCUCUUUCUCUGCGCUCCUACAGCAGAUUGUAUGUGUCAGGGGAUAUUCAAAUACUUUUGCUGGACUCUGUGGGGCCUUGUUUAUUGUAUUUGGAAUCUGUGGCGCAUUUGUGUUUGGGAUGUACGUGGACAGAACGAAGAAAUUUAUGGAAACAACCAAAAUUAAUUUUUGUUUGACUGCUUUUGCUGCUAUUGCUUUUGCACUGGUUUCACGAAUGAGAGAUCAAUCUUAUGGACUAGCUGUGGUAUGCUCACUUUUUGGACUGCUUGGAUUUUCCAUUUACCCAGUGGGCAUGGAGCUUGGUGUGGAAUGUUCUUAUCCCGUGGGUGAAGCAACCUCAGCUGGAUUAAUCUUCGUUUCUGGGCAGCUCCAGGGAGCUUUAUUUAUAUACUUCCUACCAGCACUGGCACAGCCAGUUACUAGCGAUGGUUCUGCUUGUCAAGUUGGAGUAGGAGCAGCACUUGAUUGGACAGUUCCUGUACUGGUGUUGGCUGCUAUCUGUAGCUUGGAAGCUUGCUGCUUUGCACUCUUCUUCCAUACAGAAUACAGGCGAGUCAGUGCUGAAGAUGAUGAGGAUUCCUCUGCUCUUCUUGGUGGAGCUAUGACUGAAUGAUUGCACACUUACAGGGAGUCUGUCUGUUUCCAGGAGGCUGAAAAACCAUUUUAUUUUUAAAGUAUUUUGAGAUGUUUUAUAUUACAUAUCUAUCUGUCUUCCUGUUUUAAAAGUGGACACUGAAGCACACUUUUUUAAAUUCCCAAUCAGCCUAUGUUUACUGGGUACUUUUUAAUAAUUGAUUUGUUUACUAAUUUACUUCCUUUACAUAUCUUUGAAUACGUAAAGUGUUUUAAAAAUGCAAAUGUAUUAUAAGUAGGAAAGCUAGAUUUUACAAAUUAUUUAAAAGUACGCUUUCGUGACUGUAAAUGAGAAAAUGAAUAAUUGAGUGCCCAACUCCCAGUUUGAGCAACUGCCCCUAAUUUUUGAUGGAGAUUGAGUAAUAUAAUCUGAGAGUUUAGUACAUCUCAUACAAGUGCCUGUUGUUUGCCGAGGCCUGUUAUAUCGUUUGACAUGAGGUCACUUUUCAACUUCUGACCAAGCGAAUGAAAGAAAAAUGCCUUGUGUUUGAGAAGUGGUUAGUGAGCAGGGGGAGCAAACUUGAACGCUUGAACUAAGAUAAACUAGUGGGGAAUAUACAUUGGAAUUUAGCAACUAAUGAGUGAAUACAAGAGACAUCCUGACAUUGUUCUGUCAUCCUGCUAGAGAGCUCUGCAACUGUCGGCAGUGUGCGAUAAUGCAUGUCUCCCAUGUAAUGGAAUUUAUGUUCUAGGUUCCUACUCCAUUUGGUGUUAUUUAGGGACCUUGUUGUUUUCAAUACCUGUUUAGCUGUAAAAACAUGGGCAACUUAGAGGUGUUGUGAAAAGAAACUCAGCUUCCACCUUUACUGUAUGUGAUGUAUUAUGAACAUUUUGGCGGAGCAGUAUCACAAACUCAGCAGUCCUUUUGAAACACAACUCCCAUACAUUGGUACCACAACAAGUAACCAAUGGGAUGCUUCAAGCUCCAUUUUAAGGAUAGUUAUACACAUGACACAAAGAUCCGAAAACACUGGCCAUUGUACCUUGGAGUCAGGAACUGAUAGCAGAGGAGAAGAGCAACACCACCUGUUGGCUGUCUUGCACUGUAACAACAACUGGUUACAACAGCUUGGGAACAGGUGCUCAUAUAAGACCAUAAGACAUAGGAGUGGAAAUAAGGCCAUUUGGCCCAUUGAGUCCACUCUGCCAUCUAAUCAUGGCUGAUGGGCAUUUCAACUCCACUUCCCUGCACGCUCCCCAUAGCCCUUGAUUCCUUGCGAGAUCAGGAAUUUAUCAAUCUCUGCCUUGAAGGCAUUUAACGUCCUGGCCUCCACUGCACUCUGUGGCAAUGAAUUCCACAGGCCCACCACACUCUGGCUGAAGAAAUGUCUCCUCAUUUCUGUUCUAAAUUGACCCACGCUAAUUCUAAGGCUGUGCCCACGGGUCCUAGUCUUCCUGCCUAACGGAAGCAAUAUCUACAACAACAACCUGUUUUUUAAAAAACUUCCUGUGUAGCACCUGUGGCUGAUCUUGAUUCUCGUGGAUUGGGUUUUAGUCAUCAGCAAAAACGCACCAUAUGAAAGCUUUACGCCUAAGUGCGUUGGUUGCUGCACGAUCAUCAGCUCUUGUAUAUGGAAGCACAUCACAACAAGAGCGUGUUAACCACACUGAAAUUUUAUUGUGUUAACUUGGCACCUUAAAUUUGUUUAACAUUUUAGUAGAGAGAUAAGGCAGACAUCUUAGGACCUUCAUGAGAGCGAGUGUGAGAUGCUGCAGAGCCUUCUGAAUACAGAGCAAGCCUUGAUUCAUUAAACAAGAAUAUUAUAUGCAAGACCAACUGAGUGCUGUAACUGAAGAAAUUGCUGGUCAAACAGUUGAAAGAAUAGGCCAUGUCACCAGAAAGGAGUCAGCACAAGCUUUGAACUUUAUCUUUCAUUUUGAAAGCACAUACAAAGUAUACUGUAUAUUUGUAAUUCAUUAAAUUUAAUUGAGCUUCUUUUCUGCAUCAGAAUAUCUUCCAGAGAAGGCAAGUCAGUUUGGCUCAGCUACUAACGUUUACUUACCUGAGUCAAAAGUUUGUCGAUUGAAAUUCUAGUUUUGGAUUUGAGCACAAAAUCAUGGCUGAAAAUUGAAAGAGACUGUUAGAGGAUUGUUUAGGUGAAGUGUUAAACUUAAACCACAUUAGUUUUCCACCCAAAACAUAAUUUACUUUGUUCCAGUUUGAGAGAUUUUGCACUUUACAGAUUAGCUGCCACACAGUAAAGGAACAGAUAGUUCAUGUACCUUAUAGUUAAUGACAGAAACAGAAGUUGCUGUGAAGAGAGAUCAGAGUUAGCGUUUCAGGUCCGGUCAUCCUGCCUCAGGUUACUGGACCUGAAACAGUAAAUCUGAUCUCUCUUCACAGAUGCUGCCGGACCUGCUGAGCUUUUCCAGUACCUUCUGUUUCUAUUCCUGACUUGCAGCAUCUGCAGUUCUUUUGUUUUUUGUUGUUAGUGAUGUGUGAUAAAGUGCAAUCAAUUGCAGUGAAGUGAAAAUUUUUUAUUGGGCUGUGAAGAAACUUGUAGUUUCUAAUUGUGCCUCUUUUGUAAUUAAAUGCUUUUGGAUGAUGACUGAAGGGUUAGAUUGCAGCUUUUUUCAAUGCAGUUACAAGUUAUUGAUGUUGAAAUUUGUUUGUUCCCCCCUAUUUAUGCAAGUCAAAAAUAGCAGAGGUUGAAAUUUGUUAUUUGUUGCGCUGAAUGUGUUUGACCCUUCUGGGUUGUUGCCAUGAUCCUUUACAAUAUGUCUCAAACAGGUUAAUUCCCGUUUUCCAAUGUCUUGCCUUUGCUCAUAUUCAUUUGCUUUCUAUCAGGCUGUGGAUGAUUGUCCUAAUAUGUGAUAUUUCUAAAAAAAUGAAGCUACUUGGGAGUGCAGUGUAGCAAAUACUAUUCUAAUUUUCUGAAAUUGAGAUAUUCAAGUAUUCUUAUUUCUUGAUGAACCACUGUUUUGUCUUUUGUGAAAACUAGAGGUAAUUAGAUUUGUUUUGUAACUUCUCUCAUUGGUCUGAGGCUACAUUCAACUCAUUUGCUUCGUGUGGGAUAUGAAAUGGCUUAUUUCCAAGUGCCUUCAUUUUACAUAAAAGAACUUCACUGAAUAUUGCUAAACUGAGUUGAACCCAUAAUGCAUUGUAUUAAUAAAUUUAUUUAGUAUUUUGCAGCAAUUCUUCAGUCUGCAGUUUCAGAAGUUGUGUAAUUUUCUAAAGUUGCUGUCAGUAACAGACUCAGCAAGAAGUUAUUUUCUUUGUAUUUUACAGCCCAAUAUAAUUUCAGGAGAUGACACUACACCUAAAGGAGAUAAUUUGGCCCAUCAUGCCUGUUCCAGUACUUUGAAAAAGCUAUCCAAUUUUACCUACUGCAAACUUCUCCUUUUUAUCUAAUAAUAUCAGAUCCCUUUCAAAGCCCUCUUGAAAUGUCAACAUUUUGGAUAUAUGUUGUGUGAUAACUUAUGAGAAAGCUCAGACUAUUGUGAACCUAACUGUCCUGGAUUCUGAAACAGUUUCAACACUCUGAAAUUUCAGAAUUUGAUAGCGAUUUAUCAGGGUUCUUUCAGAUCUGAUACAGGUUAAUUUCUUCUCCCAGUUUUAUCGCAGCUUCACUGGACAGGAAUGUAACAGGUCUGAGUAUCCUUUCCAAUGUUUUGAUUUCCAACACAUUUAUGAUUGGUAGACGGGGAGAACUGUUGUUUCCUUAAGACCUCCUGUGAUAGUUUAGACUUGAGAUCUCAGGAAGGUUCGGUUGGUGUACCAGUCCCCUCUAAACAUUGAUUAGACUUCAGUCUGUUUACCGGGUUAGUUUCCUGCCUGGAUCUAUUCGGUUCUUGAUUUUGCUUGUAUCUGAAAAGUAACGAUUUAUUCUCCUAGUCUCUCGUUGCAACUUCCUUUUCACAAAUGGAUUUGUGUUUUUAUUAUAUUACCCAUUUUCUUCUCUAUCCAAAAGUGUCAGCCCUUUGCUGAAGAUCCCACAGAGGUUUGCCCUCCAGCAUGUCUCCUGGGUAACCAUUAAUCAGAUGUAACUUUGACAGGAAUCACUGAUGAGAUAGUGUACUUGGGCUUGAGCCUGGUUUUGUCUGAGUUGCAGCCAGUUGCACUGAAUAGCAGCAGGAAGGAGCACUGACUGACAUGCAGACUCAGCUGAAAUCAGCAAAUACAUCACAAAGCAGAGACCAAACUUUCUAACCUUAAUGAAUAAAAUUGGAGUCAAUGUUUGUUUAUUUGUAUCUUAUUGAUUGUGUUUUAUUUAUUUAUUUAAAAGAUAUAGAUCAUGUUCAAAAUUCUUAACAACUUGAGAUGCUUAUGUACCACAGUGGUUAGCUUCCAUUUUGGAUUGGGGGGAGGGGGAUAGUUUUUGUGUAAUGGUAGCAGCUGGCACCAAGGUAGUUAUAGGGAGAUUCACUGCCUUUAGUGGAAAUCCUGCCUGAAUUGUGGUAAAAAUUGCGUUCAACUUGCCAUUGUUGAUAACUGAUCCAAAUGCAAGGGAAACCAGCCAUAAUACUUUAACUGAUUAUAAACUAAAAGGUAAAAUAUUGACAAAUUUGCAUCUAUGUAAUUGUGUUGACUUUAAAGAUUGUUAAUGACUUGCUGACAUUCCAUUA